CGCGUCUCCGCCGCCGCCGCCGGGAGGAGGUUCCCGCACGCUCCGGCGCGCGCCGCCCGCCAGCCCUCGGCCUGUGGGGCGAUUUCCUCUGGCCCAAGGCUCCGUCCGCGCCUGGGGAAGAUGCAGACCUUUCUGAAAGGGAAGCGAGUGGGCUACUGGCUGAGCGAGAAGAAAAUCAAGAAGCUCAAUUUCCAGGCCUUCGCCGAGCUCUGCAGGAAGCGUGGGAUUGAAGUCGUGCAGCUGAACCUCAGCCGGCCCAUCGAGGAGCAGGGCCCCCUGGACGUCAUCAUCCAUAAGCUGACCGAUGUCAUCCUGGAAGCCGACCAGAAUGACAGCCAGUCCCUGGAGCUGGUGCACAGGUUCCAGGAAUACAUCGAGGCCCACCCCGAGACCAUCAUCCUGGAUCCCCUCCCCGCCAUCCGGACCCUGCUCGACCGCUCCAAGUCCUAUGAGCUCAUCCGGAAGAUUGAGGCCUACAUGCAAGAUGGCAGGAUUUGCUCUCCGCCCUUCAUGGAGCUCACCAGCCUGUGCGGGGACGACACCAUGCGGCUGCUGGAGCAGAAUGGCUUGGCCUUCCCCUUCAUUUGCAAAACCAGAGUGGCCCAUGGCACCAACUCUCACGAGAUGGCCAUUGUGUUCAACCAGGAGGGCUUGAGUGCCAUCCAGCCGCCGUGUGUGGUCCAGAACUUCAUCAACCACAAUGCUGUCCUGUACAAGGUGUUUGUGGUGGGCGAGUCCUACACCGUGGUAGAGAGGCCCUCGCUCAAGAACUUCUCGGCAGGCACUUCAGACCGUGAGUCCAUCUUCUUCAACAGCCACAACGUGUCCAAGCCAGAGUCGUCGUCCGUGCUGACCGAGCUGGACAAGAUUGAGGGUGUGUUUGAGCGGCCGAGCGACGAGGUCAUCAGGGCGCUGUCCCGCGCCCUGCGGCAGGCGCUGGGCGUGUCACUGUUCGGGAUCGACAUUAUCAUCAACAACCAAACAGGGCAGCAUGCUGUCAUUGACAUCAACGCCUUCCCAGGCUACGAGGGCGUGAACGAGUUCUUCACAGACCUCCUCAACCACAUCACCAGCGUCCUGCAGGGCCAGAGCACAGCAGCCGCCACCGCCACUGCCCCUGCCCCUGGGGAGGCGGCCCCACUGAGGCACAGCAGGAUGCUGACAGAGCAGGCGGGUGGCCCGGUGGCCGAGCGGACGUCCGAGCAGCGGGCAUGCAGUGCCAGCCCCAACUGCUGCAGCCUGCUGGGCCAGGACACCUCCUGGACCACAGAGGCAGAUGCAGGUGGCACAGCCAAGCUGCCGCACCAAAGACUCGGCUGCACCGCUGGCGUGUCACCCAGCUUCCAGCAGCACUGCGUGGCCUCCCUGGCCACGAAGGCUUCCUCCCAGUAGCCCUGGAGUCUGGGGGUACAGAGCCUGUCCACUGUGGGAGGGGGGAUGCUCCUCCCCAAUUCCCAACGACGAUCUGACUCUAUUCUUUUU